AUGAAUAAUGUUUCAACAAUUUCGGUGUUUUUUCUUUCAGGUCUGAAUGAAACGAGUCGGAAUCUCAGAGCAGCUCUCUUCUUUCUCAGUUUGAUGUGUUACUGCAUAACUGUCCUUGUAAAUGUUUGUCUUAUACUGAUAAUCAUCUUGAAUAAUGAACUCCAUGAACCAAUGUAUAUUCUGCUCUGUGCUUUUUGCAUGAAUUCCCUUUUUGGAACAGCAGGUUUCUAUCCUAAAUUCCUGUCAGAUCUGCUCUCUCCUGUUCAUGUCAUCUCUUAUUCAGGCUGCCUUCUGCAGGCUCAGGUGUUGUAUUCCUUUGCCUGCAGUGAUCUGUCCAUCCUUGCACUCAUGGCUUAUGACCGUUAUCUGGCUAUAUGUCGACCACUGGAAUACCACUCUGUCAUGUCAGUGAAAAAAGGCAUGAAGCUGGCGUCCUUUUUUUGGUUAACAUCAUUUUUCAUCGUUUCUGUCAACAUUUCUCUUACAUCCAGACUGAAAUUAUGCAGCCCAUAUAUUAACAGACUUUUCUGUGUAAAUUGGAGCAUUGUGUCACUGGCAUGUUUCUCUAAUGAAACCUCUAUUAAUGGAAUUGUUGCAAAUAUAACAAUACUAAUUUAUGUUCUUCAUGGUUUCUUCAUUGUUUGGUCAUACAUGUAUAUUAUUAAAAGAUGUGCCAGUUCUAUAGAAAACCGGGCAAAGUUUAUGCAAACUUGUGUGCCACAUUUAAUUUCCUUGUCCACCUUUCUUAUAACUAUUUUGAUUGAUAUUAUUAACAAUCGACUUAGUGCUGCAGAUUUAGCCAAAAGUUUGCAAAAUUUUAUUGCAAUGGAAUUUCUUGUCAUCCCUCCCUUCAUAAAUCCGCUCAUUUAUGGUUUCAAACUGACCAAAGUUAGAAACAGAAUUGUUACUUUUGUUACUCUCAGAUCUAAAUAA